UGACGUCCUUGAUCAUGGCAGGACUAUAGUCAACAACCGUGGUACCCACAGCAAUGUUCAUCUCAUCUGCAACAUGAGAUGAUGCGUCGAUGGCGAGAGAGUGAUGCGCUGCGUUGUUGUGAUUGUGUGCACCAGCAAUUAAUCAUCUUCUCGCCGAAACACUGGUUUGAUUCGCAUUAUCGCACACAGUAGCAUCUUUGAAGCCGGAUCUGUGAUCGGAGACUCUCACUGCUGAAGAUAACCGUGCCCGGACUUUGUUGCCGUAGGGUUUAUUGCAGCUGAAUUUGAUCAUUGUGCGCUAUGUUGAUGCAGCCCAGCGAUGAGUGGUGAGGUUGAUCGGCAGCGAGGGCAGCUGAGCGCGUUUUCGCAUGUCAGAGCUGCCUGAGCGUAUGCGUUGCCGUCAACGAUCGAGGGGAAUGGUGCAGAGUGAAUUUUAGGGUUUCUGGUGCUCGUCAGAAGUUUGUGGGCGAGUUUCCGUCGCGUGUGGGAUCGCUGGAGCUGCGGUUUUUGUUCGCUUUGGACGUCGUUCAUCAGAAUGGCGUUGUUGGAAUGCGGAGCGCGGGUUUGGCUUCUCGUAGCUGCUGUAAUGUUCCUUCUCUUGCAAGCGAGAUUGUUUUCAGUGCAGACCAAGUAUGCAGACCGGAUCGCUUUGGCUGUGGAAGGGGAGAAUAAGUGCUCACACAGUAAGAAAGCCCUGAUUGACCAAUUCAGUGUCCAGCAGGGCAGGAUUGUUGCUUUAGAGGAUGAGAAAGAGAGGCUUGAGAACAAGAAUGCGCAGCUUAGCUUGCUGGUUAGAGAUUACCGGCGCAUGGGGAAGGAGGUACCGAAAUUAGUAGGUACCAAGCCUGUUGCUGCUGUGGUGAUUAUGGCUUGCAAUCGGCCUGACUACCUUGAUCGAACGUUGAAUUCUGUGCUGAAGUAUCAGAGGUUGGUGGCGGAAAAAUUUCCCCUGUUUGUAUCUCAGGAUGGUCCAAUGGAGUCAGUGAAAGCCAAAGCGAAGAGUUUCGUUGGUGUUGGAUAUAUGCAACAUCUUGAAGGUGACCCCCCUACAAGGAAUCCGGGGGAGAUAGUCGCUUACUACAAAAUCGCACGCCACUACAAGUUUGCACUAUCGCAGCUUUUUGACAUCCGAGGAUUCGAGAAAGUGAUAAUUUUAGAGGACGAUAUGGAGAUAGCGCCCGAUUUCUUUGACUAUUUUGAAGCAACCUCUUCUAUCUUGGACUGUGAUAAGUCCGUUGUGGCAAUUUCUUCGUGGAAUGACAAUGGCCAGAAGCAGUUUGUCAGUGACCCUACGGCUCUGUAUAGGUCUGAUUUCUUCCCUGGUCUCGGCUGGAUGUUAACCCGAGAGUUUUGGGACGAGCUUUCUCCGAUUUGGCCAGAAGCUUAUUGGGACGACUGGCUGAGGUUGAACUCCACUCGCAAGGGUCGUCAGUUUAUUCGCCCAGAGAUUUGCCGAACAUACAAUUUCGGUGAGCAUGGCUCAAGCAUGGGACAAUUUUACUACAAGUACUUGGUGCCCAUUAAACUGAACGACGUCCACGUAGACUGGAAGUCGUAUGAUUUGGAGUCCAUGCUGAAGGAGGAGAAGUUCAAUAAGGAGCUGGCGCGUAGGAUAGCCUUAGCCACACCCCUAAACAACGUGGACGAGAAUAUACUUAAGAUGGUUGAGAACGUGAACCGUGAUAUCAGAAUUGUGUACAACAGCCAGAUGCACUUCGAAAGUCUCGCUCGGGCAUUUGGUGUAUUCGAGGAAUGGAAAGAUGGGAUCCCUAGGACGUCCUACAAGGGAAUCGUUGUGUUCAGAUGGAAGGGCAACAGAGUGUUCCUUGUUAGGCCUGAUUCUCGGGAAGCACUUGGUUACAAUGCAGAUGUUUUUUAAGUGAUAGCGGUGUACCUCAAGGUCUAGCCAUGUGCUAAGUGCUCUGUACACUGCUUACAACUGCUCAAUGGACCAGUUGUACAAGCAGGGAGCUUUAAGGUAGUGCAGAUUUACAGGAUGUCAUGCGGAUCAUGGUGAUUGAGCUUAUUGUUCAAAGAGGCAUCCGUUUGGUUUGUUGGACGGAACCGAGCAGAACUCAUCGCCACAACUUUGAACUGCAUUACUAUGUAACGAUGGAGGGCUCUUUCGAAAUUAUCUACACUAAAAUGAAAAUUUGAAAUCCUCACUAGACGAAGCGCACGGCAGAUUCACAGCUCCGUGUGCAGCCGGUCAUGCGGUAUUUUUUUUACACUCUUGUUUACAACAGGUGUUGUAUCUGUUACGCGCUGCAGCCACGCCGCCACAAGUUUCAGACUGCUGCUGCGAGAGAAUGGGAGAGCACCCCAUAAAAGAAACAUAGGAACUCUGGAUCAUUGACUUCUAAAGCACCAAUUUAUUAACACA